AAAUUUCCAAUAAAGCAUAACGAACUGCAUAACAGAAUCAACAGGAACAAAGCACACAGCAAAAAAGUGCAUUCCACUUUUACCCAGCGACAACACGCCCAACAGUAACUCCCGGUGCUCAUACUUCAACCUCAAACAACACCAAAAUGGAGAUCAUGAAAAUAUCCAUCUACAAGCUGCUGCUGUUCGUCAUCCUCUCAACGGUGAUGCUGUGCUGUCACACGUCCGAGGCUGGACCGGCCCGCCAGCUGGCCAGCCUGGCCGCGAGAGCCUCCAAGAUCCCGCGCUCGAUACGGGCGCCCUUCCGCAACUCGGAAAUGAUGACGGCACGAGGCUUCGGCAAGCGCCGGGCUCCGAUUGGCGUAAGCUUCGGCAGUGGCCGGCCAGCACACCACAGCCUGGCAGCGGGCGACGCUGAGUCAGCACCAUGGGCCGAGGAAAAGCACGACAUCAGCAAGCUGAUGGAGGAUCUGGCGAGCGUCGAUCAGAACGAUCCCCAGCAGCAACUGAUCGGAGGAGAUCAGGAGAACAGCUUCCCGCUGGAGUGGUUUGCGAACGAAAUGUCCACCAAUCCGACCCUGGCCAAAUCGAUUCUGCAACGUUUCGUCGACACCAAUCGCGACGGGCUGCUGGAAACGGGCGAGCUGAUGCCGGGCGCGGGAGCGAACGGUAACGAGCUUGGGUCUGAGCUGUUCUAAGAAACGUCUCUCCUCUUCAAAAGCACACCCAAAGCAAAGUCAUUAAAGGAUGGCGUCGUCUGGUAGUGGCUUGAACGUGUUUAGACUGGAGUCUGGAGGGCAUGGACAAAAGGGCACACCAGCAGGACACUUUCUCUGGACGCUACACAGUUAUCUACAUCUCUCCGCCACUCAACCAUCGAUUCCUGCACAAGCAACCCGUUUCUUUCAAAUCCAAAUGAGGCUGGCAUUACUCGAAUUUCCCCCCGAUCUACAACUAUAUAAACAUCUAUUUGAUUUAUUGCAAACAAAAAGACUCCAAGAGCAUAUAAACUAUACACGAAAUCUUUGAAAAAGAUUAAAAUCAAAUGAUCCUCCUCAUCUCCUUCUCUCUCUCUCUCUCUCUUACACUCCUAGAGGUAAAGCAACAGAGCGGCACUACAAUGCACGACAACACGCCAAAGCGCCGGAAAGCGCCACCAAUAAUGGCUGGGUAUUGGGUGUUGCGCUUUCCGGCGUUUUCCCCGCAGUUGUCUUGUUUGAUUCUUUCGUUUGUACAAAACGUUUGUCACAAUCUUCGUUGUUUGCGCGUUUUUGUUAGCUGAAAUACACACUGGCUGGUGGUGUGGUGUGGUGUGUAAUACAUUUGCCUAUGUUUUGUAGCAUACACUAGUCGGUAAGAAGAAGCCAACCAAGGCGACAUUACUUUAGCGCACAAAUAAGAAAGGAAAAGGAAGUAAGAAUUCUAAUUGAAAGAGAGAAAAACUACACAAACACAAACCAAAUCUUACGCACCCGUUUAGUGUGAAUAUGUGUAAAGUGGGGAAGUGGU